AUGUUUACUUCACGCAGGUUCCUUCUAACCCUGCUUGCCUCAGCAUCAUCAGGCGUCUUAAGUGCGCCCCUCGAUACGGAUGUCGUUGCAGCGGCUGGCCGAUAUGUUGUAACCCUCAAACCUCAUGCAGCCGUCGAUGUCGACCUUCAUGCUCGAUGGGUAGCUGACAUCCAUGCCCGAAACCUGCGGCGCCGCGGAGAUAUCACGUCAGGCUUGAGCUCUACUUUUAGCUUCAACGACUUUGCAGGGUAUGCAGGAUCCUUUGAUGAUGACACCCUCGAAGCCAUCAGGGCCAAUGUCAACGUUUCAUCCGUUGAGCCCGACAGCUUCUUUGCCUUGACCUCUUCAACGCCGCUUGAGGAGCAGGAGAACCCGCCCUGGGGUCUGUCAGCUAUCUCUCGCGCCAACCCACCUUCAUCGAACUCAAGCUACGUCUUCUACCGGAGUGCCGGCCAAGGAACAUUCUCGUAUUUCCUUGACAGUGGCAUCUACACCGAUCACGUCGACUUUGAAGGCCGUGCUAGUCUCGGCUAUGUUGCCGCUGGCGCGGAGAACGCCGUAACCGACGAAGCUCAUGGCACGGCUAUUGCCGCCGUCAUCGGCGGCAAUGUACAUGGUGUCGCCAAAAGGACCUCCCUCAUCGGAGUCAAGGCGUCGGGCUCACAUGGAGGGUCGCUCAGUUGGCUUAUUGAUGGUGUUGCCUGGACCGCCAAUGACAUUGUAUCGAAGGGGCGGGUUGGAAAGUCGGUCAUCAACAUCUCGAUGCUUGGGACCAACUCCCCCGCAAUCAAUAGUGCUGUGCAAGCUGUGAUUGACGCUGGCAUUCCAGUUGCCGUCUCAGCGGGGAACUACAAUUCUGAUUCGGCGGACUGGUCUCCGGCCAACCUGCCAGACGCCAUCACCGUCGCUGCUAGCAACAUCAAUUACCGCCGUUGGGCUGCGUCGAACUGGGGCCCAACGGCUGACAUCUUCGCGCCUGGUGAGGAUAUCUUGACUGCGGAUGUCAAAUCCCCUACAUCUACAAUCCGCCAUUCGGGAACCUCUGAGGCCGCACCAUAUGUUGCCGGUGUCAUUGCCUACUUGCUGGCUUUGGAGGGUCCUCGAACGCCGGCGCAGAUCAAGACCAGGCUUCUUGAGUUGGCUGCAAAGGAUCUGAUCAGUGACCCGCGAGGAGUUCCCAACUUCUUUCUCUACAACGGCAGCGGAGCUUGA